CCUCGCCUUAGGGUCAAUCUCGUCCUCUCGUGUUCUCGCUCCCUCGCUUCGUCACAAUCUCGACUUCUCGUCCUCUCGUGUUCUCGCCUCGGAAGUGCAGUUUAUAACGCAUGUCCACUGACUACCGUAUCGGCAUUUGUAUUCAGUCUGGUAUUUUCAUUCAAAGUCAAAGCCGAUGGAAGCUCUAGCGAUCAACAAAAUUCUCAAUGAUUUGGGCUUAAUCCAUCUCUUAGAUGUAUUUACUGACAAUUCCGUUGGCCCUCCAGAAGUUCUAACAUUAACCGAUUCAGAAUUUAAUUUCCUUGGUGUGAGUGCUAUUGGGGACCGUGCUAGGUUGAGACAGAGAUGUAGAACAUAUUUGAAUGGUCAGUGUGAAUCGCCAUCUUUAAAGAAAUUCAAAGAGCUAUCAGAAAAGAAAAAAACACAGAAUAACAACAAGUUCAAGUCCAAUCAUAGAUUAUAUACUGGGUGGAAGUUAUCUACAGGACAGAGUUUUAAACUAGUUCCACUAUCUCAAGGAGGGGGAUCUAUAAUUAUGGAUCUUCCCAAAGAGUAUUCUCUUCCAGACCUUCAAAAAAAAAAUGAUUGCAACUUUCUUCCCAGAUGGUCAAGCAGUCCAUAAAAACAUAAAACUUUCACAUUGUGAAACAUUCAUCGGAAAUUUUGCUGGUGAACGUGUGCCAUCAAGACUGUUGAAUGGUGAUCUUUUUUCCCUUGAUGGAUAUUUUUCUGAGAUAAAAUCUAAUCCCGUGAGAUUAUAUUUGUAUGCAAAAACCACAACGGUUAAUCAACCACCAUCACCAUCAACUUCAACUACCACAUUAAAUCAACAAACUUCAGCUACAUUAAAUCAACCACCAUCUCCAUCAACUUCAUCUACCACAUUAAAUCAACAACCUUCAGCUACAUGUACUCAACCACCAUCAUCAUCAACUUCAUCUACCACAUUAAAUCAACAAACUUCAGCCACAUGUACUCAACCACCAUCAUCAUCAACUUCAUCUACCACAUUAAAUCAACAAACUUCAGCUACUUGUACUCAACCACAACUAGCAAUUAAUGCUGUAAAUUAUGCAACAAAUAUCAUCAAUGAUGACACAGAUGAUGAACUACCGGAUAUCUCAUUUUAUUCAGGAACACCAACUAUAACCUUCAAGAAAUGUAAAAAAGCUGAGAGCUUGGAAGAGAUUCUAGUUCGCUUGAAUAGUCAGAUAAAAAAUGAGAAAAACAUCAUCAAUGUAAGCCGAGGUGAUGUUUUGUCUGGAACAAGGAGAGCGUUUUCCAGAAAAACCUUCAGGCCCGAAUUCGGUUUAAGCGUCAAAUUUUCAGGGGAAAAUGGUAUCGAUGAUGGGGGACCAUCCAGAGAACUUUUACAACUUCUAAUGAGCUCUAUAAAAGAUUCACAAGUGUUUCAAGGGUCAGAGUGUAAAAUGCUCUGUCCUGAUAUCCCCAGUGAAGAAAGAGAUGAUUACAGACUGUUUGGAAAAAUCAUAUCAUAUUCAGUAAUUCACCGUGGUCCAGUGCCAAGAUUCUUUUCUGGAAUCCUUUAUGAUCUGAUAGCUUUUGGCUCUUGUGAACCAAAAUUGGAUGACAUAGUAGAUUAUCAAAUCAGAGAACAAAUUAAAGAGUUGUCAAGGGCAGAUGAUGUAAUAAUGUUACAAGAGGCUGCUCAGCCUCUUAUUGGCCAUAUAGACUUUUUAGGAGCUAUACCUCUUAUAUUCGAUGUAAAAAAUAAAGAAAGUCUAGUCACAUUAUUAACACGGUAUUUUGUUGUGGACAGGGUAAAAGGAGUACUGAAUCAGUUCUGUGAAGGGAUGGAUUCUUUAGGUUUGAGAAAGGAAAUAAUUAAAAAUCCAGAAGUCAUGAGAGAACUUUUUGUUUUCUCGUAUGAAAAAUUGUCGUCCAUUAAUAUUGAUCACCUGUUUACUCCGGUUUUUAGCGAAAACAGCUUUUCGCUUGAACAGGAAUUAAACAGCCAUGCUCAUUGGAGAGAUUUUCUUCUGGAUCUUGAAGAAACAGAUGAACUGGGUAGUUUGUUAUCUUUUGUGACUGGUUUAAAGGACAUACCUCCACUGGGAUUCAACCCACCACUAAAGCUACUGUUUAGACACCCAUCUUUUGAAUGGGACAUUGCCCCGUUUGCAAAUACUUGUGCUAAUACCCUUAACAUUCCAGUGUUAAAAGAUUAUGAUGCAUUCAAAACUGCAAUGGCCAUGUCUUUAAGAAUUGGCAAUAUUUUUACUGACGCUUAAAAUAUUAACUUGCCUUUUUCUGUUUUACCCAGUCAGUUUGAAAGUUUUUAAGAUAGUUAUAUUUAAAAACACUUUUUGGUCAUACAACGUAGUCUGUUUUAUCCAAUCAAUUUGAUAGUUUUUAAGAUAGUUAAUUUAAAAUUGCCCUUUUU